CUCCUUAGGACUAGUGGGAUUCUUAAACUGCACAACUGAGUAACUACCUACCGACAUACCUACACAUAUGUAGGUAUGUAAUCAAUUAGUCUCAGUUAAUCUCAACUGAUUAUACAAUGAGAAAAUGGAAUACCCCAAGACACGCUCUCAUAUUCAUUUCUGAACUAUUCAUGCUUCAGACUACUACUUCCCACACCACCUUGCCCUGAUUAAUACCACAACGACCAAAUAUAUCACUGCUAUACGGAGCUGGACAUCUUUGGGGGACCUCCUUCUCGUGCUAGGGGAGCUUGACGCGCGCCACCAUCUCUGCUGUGAUGCCACCCCCGGAUUGUUCGCAGCGACAGAUUGCACCGAAAGCAGAUGGCUCUAGAGCCGAUCUUGGAAACGUACCGAUCACACUAGACGAGCUCGAAAUCGAUUCGCACCCCGCAUCGCGCCCUCAUACUGAAGGCCCAAGCUCUGCUCAAGAGAGCGUGAUUGUCACGUGGAACGGAGAGGAUGACCCCAAAGAUCCAUACAACUGGCCCCUUUCUAAGAAAUGGCAAGCCACGGGCAUUGGCUUGCUUGCGAGCUUUGUCUGCUCGAUGAAUGGAACCAUCCUAACGGUGGCUCACGCGGCCAUUGGGGACGAAUUUCACAUUUCCGAUGCGACGUUCCCCAAUACUUACUGGCUAACAACAUCUUGGGGUAUCGGGGCCGCACUGUGCCCGCUUCUUCUGUUUCCUGUGAUGGAGGACUUUGGCGUUCGACCCGUCCUUCUCACCACCUAUUUUUGCUUUAUUUCAUUUUUGAUUCCUGUAGGGCUGGCACCAAACUUUGCCACCCUGAUUGCGGUUCGAUUCUUCAGCGGAGGAUGUGUUCCGCUGAUAAGCGACGCCGUUGCUGGUAUUACAUCGAAUGUCUUUCACGGCGAUCGAGCCCGGAGUGUCCCAAUUUGUCUGUACGUGACCAUCUAUCUGGUGGCAACAAGUCUGGGCCCGGUGGUCGGCUCUGCCAUCCUGCAAUUCCUGUCAUGGCGCUGGAUUGGGUACAUCGAACUGAUCUGGACCGCUGCCCUAUUUCCGAUUCUGAUCUUCGGUCUGCCAGAGAGCCGCGGGCCGGCGAUCUUGCGCGCUGAGGCCAAACGACUGCGCCGCGAGGGGGCGAACGCGUACGCGACCGAGAAGAUUGAUCGAGGAGCAUUGCCUCAGCUUAUCCUACAGAGCGUUCAACGGCCUCUCUACAUGCUAUGUACUGAAGGGGUCGUGUUCGUUGCGACGGUGUGGGCUGCCUUCAGCUUGGGAACAAUCUAUCUUUUUACGCAAUCGGUCGAGCAAGUAUACAAGGAGCUAUAUAGGUGGGAUUCUAUCCAGUGUGGAUAUGUCCAAGUUGCAAUUGUGAUCGGGGAACUUCUGGGCGGUGGAUUUUGCAUCCUAACCGAUCCCUGGUACUAUGCAUCUGCGACUCGCAAUACCGAGGCACCGGGCACGCCGAUCCCGGAGGCUCGGCUUCAUGCAUCGAUCAUUGGUGGACUAUUUGGUGUCACGGGCGGCAUGUUCGUGUAUGGGUGGACAUCGUACACUUCCAUACACUGGAUGGCACCCACCGUCGGCCUGGCGAUGGUAGGGUUUGGGACGACGGCGGUCAUCGUUGGCAAUGCUAACUAUCUCAUCGACGCGUACAGCAAGUAUGCUGCGAGCGCCCUCGGGGCAGUGGGUUUCGUCGAGAACAUCUCUAUCGCCUUUCUCCCUCUGGCCGCAGCAGCCUUGUACACGAAUAUUGGGUUUCAGUGGGCCAGCUCGCUGCUUGCAUUUGUGUCUUUAGCCCUGGUGGCAACUCCUUUUGUGGUCCUCCAAUGGGGAAAAGAGAUCAGAUCUUACAGCCCUUUCAUGCAGGAGGCCACUGUAGAGCGGAGGAGCGACAGUGCUGCGGCCGCAGGUGUAUAGACAACCAGGGCCUACAGGUGCUGUGCUCUGUGCAGCGCCCCCUCUUAGGUGUAUAACCAUUUUAAUUGCGUGAAUUUCUCCAAAGAUUCC